GAUGUCCAGUGAAUGCAAAGGAGUGGCGAUGAAGGGCAUCUAGAGAUGACUGUGAAGAGAUUUAUCUGUCUGAGGAUGAGAGCGUCAAAAGAGGAGGAGGUAUUGAUGAAAGGAAGUCCAGAAGAUACAGUGCGGAGUCUGGAAACUUCUACCAGCUUUCUUUACCCCAUUUUAUACGGAGUCAAGCUGCCGUGAGUCCUACAGCCACAAGAAAAUGAAUUCUGCCAAGAACCAGAGUGAACUUGGAAGUCUUGAUGGCAGCCUUGCAGCGGAUCCUGGACGGCCGCCAGCCUAUAUAGGACACCCCUUACCCAUCUUUAAGAUAGCGCCGAGGUAGCCAGGUGAAAACUAGUGAGAGCGACCCGUGACAGAGACUCUCUGUUUCUGUCCCUGGAUGUCUGUGUCCUAUCUUGAGAAAGAAUCUGGGUCUUUUUGAAGAGGAAGUCGAAUCUGAGAGUGGUCUGCAGUCUGACACACAGUGAGGCCAAGUAUGUGUGCAGCCUGUUGGUUGCCAUCCCCUGCCUGCUGUCCCCAGCACAACUUGUCAUGCCUCGCCGUAAGAAGAAUCAUAGCCGCAAGUCUGGAGCAGGCCUUAAGGCCCAGAAGGGAGCUCAGGGCGCGGUGGGUGCACCGGUUCCCGUAACUGGGAAGGAAGCCGCCGCCUCCUCUCUCUCUCCUUCGAUCCAGGGCACCCCAGAGGUGGUGCCUGCUGCUGGAAAACCAAGUGUUCGCAGGAGUUCUCAGAAAGCCUGCUCCUCCACCAUGGUCAAAGCCACUCCAUCGAGCAAACCAGAGGAGGGCUCCAGCAGCCCGAAACAGGGUCCAAGCACCCUCCAGGCUCCGAGCACCUCCCAGGCUCCACCGGAUCCUGAGUCCUCACUCAGUGAUGUGCUCAACCAGAAGAUGGCUGAAUUGGUGCAGUUCCUGAGUGCCAAGUAUGUAACAAAGGAGCCUAUCAUAGAGGCAGAAAUGCUAGAGAGUGUCAUCAAAGAGCACAAGGGCCACUUCCCUGUGAUCUUCAGGAAAGCCUGUGAGUGCAUGGAGAUCGUCUUUGGCAUCGAAGUGAAGGAAGCAGACCCCAUCAACCAUUCCUAUGUGCUUGUGAGAACCCUAGAUCUCACCUACGAUGGGUUGCUGAGUGAUGACCUGGGCAUGCCCAAGACCGGCCUCCUGAUCCUUAUCCUGGGUGUGAUCUUUGUGGAGGGCAACCGUGCCUCCGAGAAGAGGAUCUGGGAGGUGCUGAAGAAGAUAGGAGUGCGAGCUGGGAGGAAGGAUUUCAUCUAUGGGGAGCCCAGGAAGCUGAUCACCAAAGAUUUCGUGCAGGAAAAGUACCUGGAGUACCGCCAGGUGCCCAGCAGCAAUCCUCCACGCUACGAGUUCCUGUGGGGUCCCAGGGCCCACAGUGAAACCAGCAAGAUGAAAGUCCUGCAGUUUUUUGCCAAGGUCAGUGGCACUGACCCCACUUCCUUCCCAUCCUGGUAUGAGGAGGCUUUGAGAGAUGAAAGAGAGAGAGCCGAGGCCAGAGUUGCAGCCACCAAUGAUGGUGGGGGCAAGGCCAGUGAAAGUUCCAGUGUCCCACUUGGCAGAUGCUCCUGCCCUGAGUGAAGUCUGAAGAAGGUCCUCCACUCUGUGUUUGAAGAGGGCAAUCAAGGCUCUAAAUAGUGGAGGACUGAAUUGCAGAUUUUACCUUUAUUCCUUUUUAGUAGUUUACAAAUAUUCUGCUUUCUAAAAGGUUUUUUAGCUUCAGAGUCUAGAUUCAUGAAUGAUACCAGUCACAUGUUUAUUGCUGUUUAUUAGAUUUAAGAAUAAGAAUUUUGCUCUUCUGGAAAACCUGCUGGGAAACUCUUAUCUUAUUUUCUGAUCUGGAAGAGGAUAGUAUAGCACUGACAGCAGAAUUUCCUUAGGAAUAUGUUAAAGCCCAGCUGUAAAAUAGAUGGGAUCAAGAAAUAGAGGGGGGAAUGUUAAAGAUGGUUCUCCUAGGAUUCCUGUAUCCCAUUUAAUCUGUUAGGUAGUAAAAUUAAAGAUCUGUACUUGGAUUUGUUUGGCUAAAGAAUGCAUGAGAAAUUAAAUCUUA